AUGACUUUUCCCUGGUAUGGCAUCACCACGAACUGGAGUCCUGUGGGCUCCGACGUCAACAGUGCCGUCGACAUCCUGGUGAUGGUUUUGUACCUCCUGCUGGUCCUGGGCAUCGGACUGUGGACUAUACUGUCAAGAAGUCGUGGGACUGUAGAAGAGUUCUUCCUGGCUGGCCGAAAUCUAGCAUGGUGGCAGAUCGGUGCUUCUCUUUUUGCCUCAAAUAUUGGCACUAGCCACUUUAUGGGCCUGGCUGGGACAGCAGCGACUUCAGGGAUUGCUGUAGGGGCCUUCGAGUGGAAUGCUCCAUUUCUGCUCUGUGUUGUUGGUUGGAUAUUUUCUCCUAUUUACAUUAAAGCUGGGGUGGUGACAAUGCCAGAAUAUUUGAGGAAGAGGUUCGGUGGCUGCCGGAUUCAGUUCCUUCUCGCUGUUCUGUACUUAUUCCUCUAUAUCUUCAAUAGUAUCUCAGUGGAGAUCUGCACUGGUGCCAUAUUCAUGAGGAUGGUUUUGGGGUUGGAUGUUUACCUGACCACCAUAGCCUUGCUGACAAUUACUGGCAUUUAUACCAUCACAGGUGGUUUUGCAGCUGUGGUUUAUACUGAUACCUUACAUGCUGGCAUUAUGGUUCUAGGAUCAGUCCUGCUAAUGGUCUUUGCCUUUAAGGAAGUGGGAGGAUACCAGGAGCUACUGAGUAAUUACUUAAACACUAAGCCAAGCAUAAUCCAUGAAGGAAACUGGACUGCCAAGCCAGAGUGCUACCUCCCUCGCCUGGAUUCUUUCCAUAUCUUCCGAGAUCCCAUCACUGGAGACCUCCCAUGGCCUGGAAUCGUCUUUGGUAUCUCCAUCAUCUCUUUGUACUACUGGUGCACCAAUCAGAUUUUUGUCCAGAGGUGCCUGGCAGGGAAGAACAUGUCUCACGUGAAGGGCGGCUGUGUCCUUUGUGGGUACCUGAAGCUGCUGCCCAUGUUCAGCAUAGUGAUGCCGGGAAUGAUCAGCCGCAUCCUGUACCCGG